GACAAGGGUAUCGAUGACAGAGAUGUUUUGCGAGGUCUUCACAUCGCCAUAUCGGCCGCCUGUGAUGAAGAGGUUGACUCAUGGAUCCGACAAAAGACGGGUGUGCGUAUUCGUCGAUUCUUGGCGGACUUGAAGGCCUUUCAAACGUUGGGUGAAGAGGAUCAACCGGAUCCAGCCAAGGAGCGCGCUCGGAACAGGAGAGCCGACUCGAGGAAACUCAAGGCACAGAUUCGACAAUCCAAA